AUGGCGGAAAAGAACUACUUGAGACUAAAAGCAGCAGAGAACAUACACAGAGAAAAACCAAGCGACUCCAAAACUGAAGAAGAACCACGCCACUCAGUUGAAGAUACAGCUCUUACCACCGAACAUCUUCCUAUUUCAGAUAUAACUGAUUCGGCUGCAGGCCCACAGGAUGAAGAAACUGAACUACAACAUGCAGAACAGACAUCUGAAGCAGAUGAACAGAGCGGGAUAGACAAAGAUCAUGAGCUUACCGAAGCUGAACCUAGUCAAACUAUCGGACUAGAGAGUGAAGUAGAUGAUAACCUACUACACCUGAGCUUGGUUCAGGUGGACUCGGAUUUGCCAGCCGACGAAACUUCAGAUGUAAGCGAGGAGGAACAAUCUUCCGCCCUGUGGACGGAUCAGGAAUAUAAGGAUGGUGCAUUUGAAGAGCAGGAAACUGUUGGCUCAGAAGAAUCAGAACAACUUCAGAGCCUUCUACAUUUGACUCUUCAAGUGGACUCCUCUGCUUUAGAGCCUGGUGAAACAAAAGCAACAUUAAAAGAUGAUAUUUCUCAAGAAGACACAUAUUCUGCUGAAGAGACAGAAACUAUAUCAACCCAGCUUGAGGAAUUUGCUGUCGAAUUACCUGCAAAUCAGUAUGAAAUCCAUCCGGACAACCAACAAGAAGCAAAGGAUGAAGCUCAAAGUGAGAGGGAAAUAACAGAGACUCAAGGUGAGGGGGAAAUAACAGAGACUCAAGGUGAGGGGGAAAUAACAGAGACUCAAGGUGAGGGGGAAAUAACUGAGACUCAAGGUGAGGGGGAAAUAACUGAGACUCAAGGUGAGGGGGAAAUAACUGAGACUCAAGGUGAGGGGGAAAUAACUGAGACUGAAGGUGAGGGGGAAAUAACUGAGAUUCAAAGUGAGAGAGAAAUAACUGAGACUGAAGGUGAGGGGGAAAUAACUGAGAUUCAAGGGGAGAAGGAAAUAACUGAGACUCAAAGUGAGAAGGAAGUAACUGAGACUCAAACUGAGGGGGGAGUAACCAGAGUGAAAUUUGUGAUUACAUUACAAAUUAAGCAGAGUCGAGGUGAGAGGGAAAUAACUGAGACUCAAGGUGAGAAGGAAAUAACUGAGACUCAAGAGAAGGAAAUAACUGAGACUCAAGAGAAGGAAAUAACUGAGACUCAAGGUGAGAAGGAAAUAACUGAGACUCAAGAGAAGGAAAUAACAGAGACUCGAGGUGAGAGGGAAAUAACAGAGACUCAAAAAGAGACAGAAAUAACUGAGACUCAAGAGAAUGAAAGAACUGAGACUCAAAAAGAGACAGAAAUAACUGAGACUCAAGAGAAUGAAAGAACUGAGACUCAAAAAGAGACAGAAAGAACUGAGACUCAAAAAGAGAAGGAAGUAACUGAGACUCCAAGUGGGGGGGAAAUAACUGAGACUCAAAAAGAGAAGGAAAUAACUGAGACUCAAAAAGAGAAGGAAAUAACUGAGACUGAAGUUUCUCUUGAGAAAACCGGUGGAAGUCCAUCAGUCUCUGAGAAGUCCUUCGAUAGCGUCAAGGAAGGAAAACAGGUGACAUUUAAAGAUGAAGAUGAAAUUUUCACUCCUGAAUUUGAUUUUGAAUUUGAAGAGACAGAUUAUGAGGAGAGUCCUUCUGAUAGUUCUGAUGGGACACCUGCUGACUCCAAGGAAGAGAAAGGGCCUGCUGAGCGCUAGGAGGACAGCGCAGCAGGCGCAAACAACAGCGACAAGGUAAUCCUGGUUGUUUGAGAAACUAUACAGUCUCUGAUAUGAUGCAUUUCACACUUUUCCUAUGCAGUAAAAUGAACAUUUGCACAAUUUCUGUAAGCAAUUUCCUUUUACUGCCAUAACUUGAGUAGAACUGAAAGUGAACAUUAUAUUACCCUCUUUAAUAUCUGAGCAAGCAUCCCUUAUUGCAUUGAAACCACCAAAUUGUGGAACUAAUGAUGUCAUUCUGUUUUUGCAUCGCUCCUUCAGGAGUUCUUUCGGCUUGUUCUUCACAUAUAUUCUGGGCGGGACUUUUUUUGGGUGUGAUUUCACACACGAUUGGUCAGAAAUUUGAAAAUGACAAAAAUCAACUCUGCAGCGUAGGACUUCUGCACUGUAAAGGAGUUGUGCAAAAGAAAUAUUUUAAAUGAACUCUGCCAUUUUGGGUCAGAAGAUGGAUCAACUAACCUUGCAGAAUAUGCCAGAAGGUUGCUAAUGACUACAUAAGUGUUUUUUUUUUUUUUUUUUUUUUUUUGCUUUUUUUUUG